CGCGGCGGCGGCGGAGCGCAGGCCUCGUGCCGUUACGGCCAUCACGGCGGCCGCAGUGGCGUCCUGGAGCCCUCCUCAGAGACAGUCUCACUGUGUUGCCCAGGCUGGUUUUGAACUCCUGCGCUCAAGUGAUCUUCCCACCUCUGCCUCCCAAAGAGCUAGGAUUACAGGUGUGAGCCACUGCACCCAGCAGCUUGAUGUUUCUAAGGUUCAUCCAUGUUAUAGCACAUACUGGUACUGUGUCUGGAAUUGGUGGGUUCUUGGUCUCUCUGACUUCAAGAAUGAAGCCGCGGACCCUCACGGUGAGUGUUACAGCUCUUAAGGUGGCGCGUCUGGAGUUUGCUCCUUCUGAUGUUCAGAUGUGUUCGGAGUUUCUUCCUUCUGGUGGAAUCGUGAUCUCGCUGGUUUCAGGAGUGAAGCUGUAGACCUUCGCGUGCUGAAGCUGCUGAAAGAUGGCAGAAGAAGUGGUGGUAGUAGCCAAAUUUGAUUAUGUGGCCCAACAAGAGCAAGAGUUGGACAUCAAGAAGAAUGAGAGAUUAUGGCUUCUGGAUGAUUCUAAGUCCUGGUGGCGAGUUCGAAAUUCCAUGAAUAAAACAGGUUUUGUGCCUUCUAACUAUGUGGAAAGGAAAAACAGUGCUCGGAAAGCAUCUAUUGUGAAAAACCUAAAGGAUACCUUAGGCAUUGGAAAAGUGAAAAGAAAACCUAGUGUGCCAGAUUCUGCAUCUCCUGCUGAUGAUAGUUUUGUUGACCCAGGGGAACGUCUCUAUGACCUCAACAUGCCCGCUUAUGUGAAAUUUAACUACAUGGCUGAGAGAGAGGAUGAAUUAUCAUUGAUAAAGGGGACAAAGGUGAUCGUCAUGGAGAAAUGCAGUGAUGGGUGGUGGCGUGGUAGCUACAAUGGACAAGUUGGAUGGUUCCCUUCAAACUAUGUUACUGAAGAAGGUGACAGUCCUUUGGGUGACCAUGUGGGUUCUCUGUCAGAGAAAUUAGCAGCAGUCGUCAAUAACCUAAAUACUGGGCAAGUGUUGCAUGUGGUACAGGCUCUUUACCCAUUCAGCUCAUCUAAUGAUGAAGAACUUAAUUUCGAGAAAGGAGAUGUAAUGGAUGUUAUUGAAAAACCUGAAAAUGACCCAGAGUGGUGGAAAUGCAGGAAGAUCAAUGGUAUGGUUGGUCUAGUACCAAAAAACUAUGUUACCGUUAUGCAGAAUAAUCCAUUAACUUCAGGUUUGGAACCAUCACCUCCACAGUGUGAUUACAUUAGGCCUUCACUCACUGGAAAGUUUGCUGGCAAUCCUUGGUAUUAUGGCAAAGUCACCAGGCAUCAAGCAGAAAUGGCAUUAAAUGAAAGAGGACAUGAAGGGGAUUUCCUCAUUCGUGAUAGUGAAUCUUCGCCAAAUGAUUUCUCAGUAUCACUAAAAGCACAAGGGAAAAACAAGCAUUUUAAAGUCCAACUAAAAGAGACUGUCUACUGCAUUGGGCAGCGUAAAUUCAGCACCAUGGAAGAACUUGUAGAACAUUACAAAAAGGCACCAAUUUUUACAAGUGAACAAGGAGAAAAAUUAUAUCUUGUCAAGCAUUUAUCAUGAUACUGCUGACCAGAAGUGACUGCUGUGUAGCUGUAAUUUGUCAUGUAAUUGAAGACUGAGAAAAUGUUGGGUCCAGUCGUGCUUGAUUGGAAAUUGUUGUUUCUAAAUCUAUAUGAGAAUUGACAAUAAGUAUUUUUAUUAUAACUCAGCCCAUACAUAUAUACUAUGUAUGCAGUGCAUCUGCAUAGAACAGUUCCUUAUCCUCGGCCUUCUGUUUUAUUGUUUUUUUCUUUGCUGUUUUCCCUUUGCUUCUAAUAUUACAGUUUUGUAUUUUGUAAACAAAAAUCAAAUAAUGCAUAUCAGAAUCUUUAUAUGGAAGAAAUCCUUUAUUGCCUUUCCUUUGUUUCCUUGUAAAGGCACCCUGUUCUGUUAUGGUUUUUCAUUAUAUAAAAUUAUUAUAUCUAUAUAUGACAUAUGCUAAAAUAAAUUUCUUGGAGAGUGUUAAUCUUUUCUGUGACUAAAUAGCAAUAAUAAGUGGAAAAUUAGAAAUUAUUUCCAGGUAUUUGUCACAGGCCAUUGUAAAUACCAAGUAUAUUGUGUCUGCCAUAAUUUUUAAAAAUACAUUCAUUGUCUUCAGUCAUACAGCAAGACACAUGAGACAUAGAUUAGAAAACAUGUUGUACAAUUUUAAUUUACAACUGUUGGAAAUAAAAAUCACUUAAUUUUUUUUUCCA